GAGGUGCCACAGGAGCAUUUGAGCUCCCUGAGGAAAGGGCGCGAAGAAGCCAAGGCUGAGAGGGAGAGACAGAGCGAAGACUUGCUGAAGCAGACAGAAGUGGAGAGGCAGAAGAUUGUGGCUGAAUGCAAGGAGCUCCGGGGCUUCCUGGAGGAGAAGGAGCAGCUCUUGCUGUCCCGUCUGGAGGAGCUAGACAGAGAUAUUGUCAAGAGGAGAGAUGAGAGCGUCUCCCGGCUCUCUGAGGAAAUUGCCCAGCUCGAUAAGCUGCUAGGCGAGCAGGGAGGAGAGAAUGGCCCAGGAAACCAGUCUGGGCAGGGUGUUGCCCCGGCUGGAAGCAGCUUCGAGAGCUGGAUGUUUUGCAAGCCGGAGGCUGGCUUCACGGAGCUGGAGAAGAAACUCAAGAGCUUUUCCCAGAAGAGUGCAGUGCUGAAAGAGGUCUUGCUGGAGUUCAAGGAGAACCUCCGGUUUGAGCUGGAGAAUGACACAGGUGAUCUCUCUCUGGACCCAGACACUGCCAACCCCUACCUGGUGCUGUCGGAGGACAAGAGGAGCGUGCGGCUCAGGAGUGCUCCCCAGGAGCUGCCGGCGAACCCCAAGAGAUUCGAUUACUCCUUCUGCGUGCUGGCGGCGGAGGGUUUCAUAGCUGGGAGGCAUUACUGGGAGGUGGAGGUGGGAGAUGGAGAGAGCUGGGUCCUGGGGGCGGCCCGUGAGUCGGUGCGGAGGAAGGAGAAAAUCGACUUUGCUCCGGAGGAGGGGAUCUGGGCGGUGGGGUUGAACUGGAAGGGGAAGAAUUGGGAUCAGUAUCAGGCUUUCACCUCCCCGGAGACGCCCCUGUCCCUGUGCGAGAGGCCCAGGAAGAUCGGGGUGUACCUGGACUACGAAGGCGGGUGGGUGGCGUUUUACAACGCCGAUAACAUGGCUCCCAUCUUCACCUUCACGGCCGCUUUUACCGAAAAGAUCUUUCCUUUCUUCUGGCUCUUCUAUGUGGGCUCCUCGCUCUCCCUUUGCAAUUGA